AUGUCGACUCGUUUAGAAUCAGAGACCACUUAUCCACAAGAGAAUCCCAACGAACGGCAGAAUGUUUCUGUUGAUGCUCACAAUGAAAUGACGACGUCAAAUGUAGAAUUGAUCCCAGCGUCCCGUCUUCAUUCUCUCGCACUUGUCCGUUCUGAUUAUGAGGAAAAGAAGAAGAAGAAGAUGCUCACCGCAUACCAAUUAAAACGCGACGAAAAGAAGGAACGGGCGGUCCCCGCUUUCUCGCAAAAACUAAUUAUCUCGCUGAAUAGAAGAAUGAAUGAAGCGGGAGAAUGGGGAGCCAAAGUUAAGUUCAGAAAUGGUAUUCAAUUCAUGUCAAACACAGAGAAAAGACGUCUUCACAUAUGCAUUGCUUUGACGUCUUCUCGAAAAAUGGAGGAGAAAAAGAAGAAGACUUCGUUCCGAAACAUGCAAAUAGUAAUACAGAAUAGUUGGGAGAAGAAGAGAGAAAAGUUGGAGAAAAAUAGAGAAGAUAUGCAUUUCAAGAGUACUUGGAUCAUGAUUGGAAAACUUCAGAGUCUCAGCUUUGGAAAAUGA